ACUAAGCUGGCAGUGUACCGUAAACAAAGUCAUUGCAUGGAGUAUCUAUCACACCUUUCUCCCGAUAAUUAUAAGCUGAGUGUAUUAGAUUUAUACUGCAGAAGCUACAUAUUUUAUAUAUGAAUGUAUAAUCCGUGUUUUGAACACAUCAACCUGUACGUAGUCAAUAUGGGAUCAGGAGCCAGCAGUACCAAACCUCCAAGCACCACACCUUCCAGACCUCGAGGUAGAACUGAAGCUUUAUUUAACCAAGAAGGCAGGCGACCACAAACAUUGUUGAUUUUAGAACCACCUCAACCCCCUUCCUCAGAUGGACAACUGAAGGUAAAGAGCGUUGAUCUGAAGAUUUAUAGUAACAGUGUUGAACACAACACAAAUGAUUAUGAUGUUCCGUACUUAAUUGUCAGACGUGGACAAAGUUUUGAUAUUGAUGUGACAUUUGAGAGAGAAUUCAAUCCAGAAUCCGAUAAGCUUGGGGUGGUGCUCAGAGUUGGUGAACCACCACACAGAGUAAGUAAAGGAACACUGUUAAUGUUACCAUUUAUGGAUGGAGAGUUAUCAGACAGUAACUCCGGUGUCAAGAUCUUGAGCACGCAUGGAGACAAAGUUUCAUUGAGUGUAUAUCUGCUAUCCAAGGCACAUAUUGGAAAAUAUACUCUUGCCAUUGAAACUAUAAGUACAUCCAACAGUGAAGAGUUCUUUGAUCGUUUCACUGUGUCUCAACCAAUGUAUGUGCUCUUUAAUCCAUGGUGUAAAGAUGACGAUGUGUACAUGGAAGGCGUGAUGGAAAGAGAAGAGUACGUAUUGAAUGACUUUGGAUUUAUAUGGUAUGGCACUUACAGACAAUUGGGAAAAAGAAGAUGGAAUUUUGGACAGUUUGAAAGUGAAGUAUUUGAAGCUGUCAUGUAUCUGCUGGAACUUGGUGUUGUACCAUGGGCCCGUAACAAUGCUGUGUUAGUUGCUAGAGUACUGUCAUCACUGGGCAAUUCACAAGAUGAUGAUGGUGUUUUAGUUGGUAACUGGUCUGGUGAUUAUGCUGGUGGCACUAAACCGACUAGCUGGACUGGAAGUGUGGCGAUAUUUGAAGAGUAUAAUAGAACUAAGAAGCCUGUAUCAUUUGGACAAUGUUGGGUGUUUUCGGGAAUCCUUACCACAAGUAUGUAA